AAAAUUGAGGCUCCAAAUAUUACGAGGUCCGGCACGGUAACUCACCUUGCGCUUGCUAGGGGCGCGACCUGGUUAAACAGUUAACUAGAUCACUCAUUUUGAGAUAGAUGAAACAACAUCUUUUUCUUUCUUUUUUGAAACAGCUAAGAAAACAUUUCUUUUUCUCCGUUGUGUAAUGCUGGAUUUAAUUUCAUUCGGUUUGCCUUUUUACUCCCUUAGGUAGAUGCUUAUUUGAAUAAAUUCUAACCAGUUGAUCGAUGAAAUGACGAUUCAACACAUAACAAAGAGGGGAAAACACGAUGAGGAAGACAGAUUGAGCGAAUUCUCUGAUUGCAUUAUCAUUCACAUUUUGUCAUUUUUGAGCACUAAAGACGCUGUUCGAACUUGCAUUCUGUCCAAAAGAUGGGAGCAUAUUUGGAAAUAUAUUUCCAAUCUUAGACUACAUUGCUCAAACUUUUCCAGUUUAAAGAGUUUUGAUAAAUUCGUGUCUAGAAUUCUGUCUCUUCGUCAUAGCAAAAUUGUAUUGCAAACUGUUUAUUUUGAACGUAGUGGUAGUAUUGAGUUUGGCCUACUUAAAAAAGUAGCAAAUUAUGUUUUAUCGCACAGUGCCAAGCUCGAUCGAUUAGAAAUUGAUGUGAAAGGCGAUAUAUGUCAUAUCCUACCUUGCAUUUCUUCGUCUCAGACGUUAACAUCACUUAGGCUAUCCGUUUCGCCUAAAGGUCGUUAUAAUUAUUGGAGAACGUUGUUUCCUAACUCACUAGAUUUACCAGUGUUAACCUGUCUACAUCUAGGAAAUUUUGUCUUUUGCGCCACUGAUGGUGGUCGAAUUGAUCCCUUUUCAGCCUUUAAUAGAUUGAGUGAUUUGAUCAUUGAUAAUUGUUCGGUGAAGGGUGCAAAUAUCUUGUGCAUGUUAAGCCAGACACUAGUUAGCUUAACGAUACGUAAUCAUUCAUUCCACAAUUACCAAAUCGAGCUAUCUGCUCCAAGCCUUCGUACAUUUGCUUUUACGGGUACUCCUUAUCAGACACUUCUUGGAACCAAUCUUUCUUCUGUCAAAAAAGUAAUUAUUGACGCGGAAAUGUUGGCAAAUUACUCGGUACCUCCUUUGGUUUUACUCUCCUGGCUGUCUAGUCUUGCUAAUAUAGAAUCAUUGACGGUCUCUGCAGGUACUCUUCAGGUUCUCUCCUUAGCUCCUGAUAUUUUGAAAGAUGCGCCUGCACGGCUUUCCUUGCGUAGCUUGAGGUCGGUGAAAGUAAUGUUGAAACCACUUUCAUAUGGAUUAUCCAUGACACUGAAUACUCUCAGGUUAGAAAAACCAAUUACAGCGGGAUUUGAACCAUAUCCACCAAUACCAAAUGGAAUUUUGGACCUUUUGUGUCGGAACUCGCAGUCAGCAGAUGUUGCCAUCAUAGAAUGCUCAAGGCUCGAUGAUUCCUUCGGCUGUCUACCUCUGUUGUCAUCUUCGCUUUUUCCUCAAUUCCUUCAGCCUUCUUCUUGGGAGCAUGUUAUUGUUGAUUUGAAUCUGCGGAUACAACACCUAAGUCAAGCACUACAGCAGGUACUUGAUCUAGAAACGGAGGAUAUACCUCUUACGAGGGAUGUGAUGAUGGCCACCAAAAAGCAUAUUAAGAUGUUGUCAAAGACCCAUGCUGCCCUAGGGCGGCAGAUGUAUGAGCUCUUGGGGCUGCCGCUAUAGUGUCAAGAAAGUUGGUGAUAUUAUUAUGACAAUUAAAAUUCCGAUGAACACGACUUGAUUCCUCCCCUUAGUCAUAGUUUUUGUGUGUGUAUAUUUUUUGAAGUUCGAACACAGUCCAAUAUUUGAAUUGUUUUUGACCAUAUUAUAUUCAUUAGUGUUAUGAGAACGAAAUCAGAUUGGUCGGUCCAAUCAAUCUGACCCGGAAUUGAAAUAUUCUUCAUACUACAAUUUAUUUGAAAAACAUAUUAC